ACUUAAUGGACAAGAAUUAAAACGUGCGCAUGUGCGAACUUUGGAAAAAGUGUGCUUGUUCAAGUCUGUCCAAAUUUUUGUGUUAUUUAUAUAUUAUAAAUGCAUUAAAUUUAUUUCACUUAACCAAUUAAGUGUGUCUUUCUUUUUGCGUAUUAACAAUGGCAGCCAAGAGAACUGCAGCUACACAGUUAAAUCACGAUAAUUGGAAUGAAGAGCAGGAACCCGAAGAAGCAGGAUCAUUUGUUAGAGCAUCGGAAGAUGUUCUUGCGAGUAGAGUUGUUAAAAGAGCUAAACGUCGAUUGCAGUCCACAGAGAAUAGUAGCAAAAGUGCGUUUGGUGCAUUUACAGGUUUUAAAACUACAUUCAUGUCAUCUACACCACAGAGUACAUUUAGUUUUUUAGCUGAUAAAAAUGCUUUCGGUACAAGUACAAAAACAGAUACAAAUGCUGAUAAAUCUCCUGCAAGCAAUAGAGCAUCUAAAGGAAAUGAAAAUGGCACAAACAAGGAAGAAACUCCAAAAAUACAAACAAUAUCUAGCACAUCUAUGAAUAAAACGAAUGACCAAACAGACCAAAAUACAAGUAAAAAGUCUUCUGAAUAUUUUGCAAAGUUAAAAGGUUUAAAUGAAAGUGUAACGCAAUGGAUUAAAAGUCAUGUAGAUGCAAAUCCAUUUUGUAUUCUAACUCCGAUUUUUCAAGAUUAUGAAAGGUACCUUAAAGAAAUUGAAUCGAAGCAUGGAAAUGAAUCUGACAAAACAUUAGAUACGCUUGAGAAGCCACAAGCAGAGCAUAGCAAAGUAAUUGAUAACAAAGAAAGUGUAAGUUCAGAGAAGAAGGUUGAUACUUCUCCAUUUGGAGGAGCAAAUGCAAAGUCUUUAACAUCAACAGAAUGGAAGCCUGAAAAAUCAAUUUUUGGCAACAUCAGUACAGAUUCCAAAUCCAUAUUUGGCAAAUCAGAACAUGCUAAAGAUAAUAAUGAGUCUAUUUUUAGUAAUACAGAACAAUCCUCAGACACGCAUAAAUCUGUUUUUGAUACUGUUGGCAAACUGGGUACAAAAAAUGUAUUUGGAAAUGUUAGUUCUGAAAAUAAUCCAUUCCUCAAUAAACCAUCCACGGAUGGUAAAUCAGAAGAACAAGGAUUAAAGGAAGAUUCAAAAUCAAUUAGUAGUUCCUUUGGCACAACAAAUACUUUUUGUUUCGGUCAAAGUUCUACUACUACUCCUACAACUGGUUUUAGUUUCGGGGGUGCCAAACCAUUUACUUUUGGUGCUCAAGUAGUAAAACCACCAGAAUCCGAUGAUAAGACAGAAAAUGAAGGUAAAGAUGAUGAUGAUGAGGAACCUCCGAAGGUAGAGAUCAAACCUGUUACGGAAGAAGGUGCCAUAUUUGAGCAAAGAUGUAAAGUUUUUAUAAAGAAAGAUGGCAACUUCACUAGUAGAGGUGUAGGAGUAUUGUUCUUGAAGCCAACACCAAAUGAUAAAACGCAAUUAAUAGUGCGUGCAGAAACUUCUUUAGGAAACUUAUUGCUCAAUACUUUACUAACCGAAAGUAUUCCAACAAAACGUAUAAAUAAAAACUCAAUAAUGCUGGUUUGUUUACCAAAACCUGAAUCGUCACCACCACCAGUACCAGUCCUAUUAAGAGUGAAGACAGAUGAAGAAGCAGAUGUAUUGAUCGAAGCACUUAAUAAACAUAAGAAAUAGGAUAUAUUAUAGGUAAUAUUUAAACUAUGCAAAAAAAUCAUGUUUUGGUUCUAAAACUCGAUUAAGUAAAAAAAAUCAUAAAAGAGGAAUAUGCCAAUAUCACAUGAGAUGGCGACUGAGAAAUUAAGAAGACGAUUUAUUGUUUUCCAAUAUGAACUUUUUGUCAUUGUAGUGAUCUUACUUUCAACGUUUAAUAUAAAGUAAUAUGUAAAAUAGGAUUAGAGAAGUUGAAUAUUUGUUUUAUUCUCCAUUGUACGAAACGUACGUUAUUAUAUCAUUAAUGUUGAUAUAAGAAUGUGUAAUUAUAAAAUAAAUGUGAAACAG